AUGAUCAGAGUAUUAUGGGUUAUUUUUAAAAAUCAAAUCAAGAUGGCGGCUGCAGCACCUUUCAAUGUUGUUUUUGGAAUUCGAGAAACACCGUUAACUCAGGCUCUGGAGUCAAGACGUUUUGACGAAGCAAUAGAAUUUAUUGACAGCCAUUAUGGAAUGUGCUUAGAUGAGGGAUUCUACCAAAGGAUACCACUUUUUAUCGUUCUUUCGGGUGAAAAUUCUACGGUCGACGGCGAAGCCAUGCCUAUUCACUUGAAUAUCGCUCUGCGAUUAAUAGAGAAAGGUGAGUUUGUCAUUUGUGGAAGAACUUUGCCAUAAAUCUUUCAAGUGUUAAUAUUAGCUCUAACAAUAUUUGAAUGACAAUGCCUUUUACUGAUAGAAACUGACCAAAUUAAAACUUAACUUUAGCUUUCUUAACCUCUAUCAGAUCCUAUACUUCGAUGGGUGUGAGUUUGAGCUACUUUUAACAGCUCAGGACAAGCUAAAGUUUGCAGUGUUAUUCAGCUUAAAGUGAUUGAUUUGUAAAGACAUCCCUUAAUUUCAAGAAUAUACUGUAAUAUUUAUAUUUAUUUGUUGCUAUGUCAACAACACCUCAUUUAAUCUCUCUAUUUUCCAACAACUUAAAAAGUGCAAGGACUGUUAUGUUAUAUAGCCAAUAUAAGGUCAAUAGUCCUUUGUCUUCCUUUUGCUCAAGUGAUUUUUUUUCUUUUUAAGGUGCAGAUCCCAAUUUGAGAAUUCCAGAGGUAAUACAACUCAGAGCAGAUUCUUUUGUACAAUUUCCCCAAAUAUAAUAUUGUGUUAUCACAUGACUUGGCCAGCCUUGUGCACACAAUACAAUAGAAGUGAGUAGGGCUGGACAGGUUAAUGUUAGCCAGUCUGAAAAGAGCUUUGCAUUCAAACUGCUCUUUUGCUUUCUGUCUCAAGAGGAAAAAGGAAAGUUUUUACUAUUAAGAAUUUGUUUAGUAUCUUUUCAUGUGCACACCCUUCUUUUGUGUGAAAGAAUGUCCUAUUUAGGUUGACCUAAACUUCUUAAAUUUCCAACUCUUAGUAAUCAUACUAUAAAAUGCUUAAUAGCAAAGUUUGGUUGAGCUGGAAAAGAAAAUAUUUUCCCCUCAUUCAUGACACAUAGACCUUGCUGUGCUUGGUUUAUAUGUCAUUUGCACAAGCCAUAUAUUUUCCUAUUCUGCCCUCUUGCUUAGUCAAUAAGUGUAUAGUAUUAUCUCCUGUAUAGACACUUUUGUUUUUACUUUUUUGUUUUUUUUUACUAAACAGUGCUGGUUUUCCCUCUUUAGACCUGUGGUGCUGAAUACAUAGGACCAGGAAGGUCACCACUGGAAUGUGUGGUGAACUUUUACAAUCUUGUAACAGGCAACAACAGUCUAAUCACUAAAGAAGCUGCCUCCACAUACGAUGCUCUCUCUGUUCAUGGAAAAUACAUAAAACAAACAGCAGACCUGGUUGAAGAAUUGAUAGAUGUGGCAUGGUUUUUGUUAGGUCAUGGAGCUGAAGUUAAUGUUAGAGACAUAGAAAUGAAGACACCAUUGCACUCAACACUGUUAAGAUCACAAGACUUGCGUAUGGCUCAGACCUUAUGUGACAAUGGUGCUGAUCUUAUGGCUAGUGAUUGUCAUGGCAACACACCCCUUAUGUCUCUUUGUUGUCCAUUGCCAUGGCGGGAUGGUAUUAAGCAAGGACCUUGUUUUAAUCAUGACAUCAGUGAAGCUGUGCGCUUUUUGUUAUCAUUUGAAGAUGUGAAGGUAUGGUUAUGUUCCUGAAAUGUUUGCUUUUCUUCUGGUAUAUCUGUGAAUAGGUUUGACCACCACUGUAUCAAUGUAAGGACCUUUUAUGGCUGAGUGUCAGAUGAUGAAAACCAAGAAUUAUCACAAUAGCAAAUCAGCACUAAAAAAUAACACAAAGAGUUGAUGAGGAAUAAAUAUCAAACCAAUCAUAGUACCUGAAGGAUGUGAAAAUGAGAGUGAUGAACUCGAAUUUUCUCUAAUUUUUCAAUUUGAAUUUGAAAGGGCAGUAUAUGUUUUCUAACCCGUCAUGGUCUACUUUCAACAAUGAAUUAAAGAUUGGUUCAAGUUGUAAAUAAAAGUGUAAAUAAGGAAAAAUGCCUUUCAAUUGAUGUCUAGUCCCAGGAAUGUUUGGCAAAUGUACUUGACUUUGGUCUACCACAGUCUAAGAAUUUACCAGUUCCUGCAUGACACAACCAUACAACACUCCAUAAAUUACCCCACCCCUCUCCUCAGUGGUUGUAUAGUUCUAUAGAAAAGGGAAUAAAAAUUUUAAAAAAAUCCUUGGAGCAUGGAAAUAAGAAUGGUAGUAAAGACAAAUACAAAGUUAUGUUCUUUUUUUUUCUAAUCUAGAUUAACCACUGUGGAAUUCACAGUAGGACAGCUCUAUUUUAUGCCAUGCAGUCUGGUAACUUUGAAGUUGCAAAGAUUCUUCUUGAUCAUGGAGCUGAUCCUAGUUUGCGAGGCCUGGGACCUGAUGGGAGGUAAGAUGUAAAGGCCAUCUUACUUGUAAAUAAAUCAUUAACCCUUUAACUCCCAAGAUCUCCUUAGUAAUUCACGUUACUGUUUGCAAUACAAGUUUGUAGAUUUGGCUUUGGAUCAACUAAUAUUCCCUCAAUUCUCAUCACUUAUCUGCUUGAUUUUGUAUUGAUGUUGUAAGGAGAAAUUCUGUCUUGGUCACUUUUGUGAGUAAAGGGUUGAUAAAUAUUACUUAAAAUUGGAGUUCAAUUUCCUAGGAAUUCCAUGGAAAUUCUACCCACUAGUAGCUUAUAAAUUGGUCCAUACUGACAACCAUAAGUCCUAUUAACUAAGCUUAAUUCUUGGCCUCCCUCUAUUAUUUCCUACAGAUGGCACAGAAACAGCAAAAGCAAUUUAGAGGCAAUGCUUUCUUUCAAUGCCUUUUGAGUGUUUUGUACAUGUCCUCUGUCCAUGCAAAUGGAACUUGUUAACAGGCCAUUAAAUCCCAACUAUUGACUAAGGGGAACAUUUUUGGCCUACAUUUUUCAAUCUAAUCUACAUGGUGGCUGUGAUAUAUUUGCUCAGCUUUGAUAAAAUCUCAUUUUUCACUACUAAUGUCAAUGAUGAAAGGAAGAAAUGUAUCAGAGUAGGUACCACAAUUAUCUGUAAAGGGAAACCUUUUCUUCAGUUUUUUUAGCCUACCAUCCACAAAUUAUUAGCUCUUUGGUUACAAUCUAAUUACUUUGAAUCCCAGAUAUAUUUCUCCUCUUCUGGCAUCAAUCAUUCCAUGGUCUGCCAUUGGACGAAAGGACAUGGCUGCAGUUUGCCGCAAACUUGCUCCACUUGUGGAUAAAGGUUAUUUUUCUCUGAAAGAAAUCCUGCUAGAACUUUUGGAAUAUGCAUCUUGCGGGAAUGCAAAUGAUGUGGCACUACUAAACCUAAAGAAAUUUGGAAUCAGCUUGAUUCCAAUGCUGUUUGGUCAGAGUACAUGUCGGCUGUGUCAACUGGCGUCAAGGGUGUUCAUAAAGAGCUCGUUCAUGGGGGAAGAAUUUGGACUUUUGAGUUCCAGUGAGGUAGCUUGUUUGGUAAGAAAGCAAAGUCUACCCACGGAGAUAGUCACAGAUUUUCAAAUCGUCUUGUUGAGGCAAAAGAUCUUAAAUUCGCUGUCUGAAACAGACUGGGACUUGUGGGACAUGGAAGAAUUUAUGUUGGAUGAGAGCAGUGAAUAUGAUGAAUCAGAGGAUGAUUACUGGUGAGGUUCCAAUAUUGUUCCAAUAUUGUUCCACCCUUCGGACGAGGCCUGCCUGUCUUCCCUGCAAGCUUUCCUUCGUAACACAGUGGGAACCCAAGAAUCUGGGUGCAAGAUUCGGUGUAAAAAGCUGAACACUAGCGACGAUGUAGUUGUGUUAAUUCACCUACAGAGUAAAUCAACCUUCUGCUAUCUUCUGCUGUUAGAGUCCAAUUUUUUCCUGGAAGGAAGUGUGAAGGACAAACUCAGGAGCAUUAGCAGAUCCGGCACUUCCUUGGCUCCUACCAGAUACCAAUGCAGUCCAUUGAGGCUCGUUGUGCAAACUACAAUGUUAAAUUUUGCAUUGGCAGAGCUUUAGUGAGAGGGACUGAUAGAAAGUUCCUCUGAAAACGUCCACUUCUUAUGAUAUCAAAUAGGCGCCGUUUAUCUUUACUAAAUGGUCCAUUCACAACACGGAUCUGUUUGUCUCCCCUUUCCGCCAUAUCCGUGGUGGCUUGGAUUCUUAAAAACCCCCGUUAGCAGUAUCUCUCUACCAGUGAUGAGCGACCCAGCUCCACUCCGUGUAAGGUGCGGUUAAUCGACAAUCAAAAUGGCGCAUGAAACUUUCCUACUGAAUCAAACACCAUCGUCGUCAGGGAAGAGAGAUUUCGAACCUGAGAUAUCAGUUAUAGUGGUUGACGCUUACGGAACUGACUGACUGAGUAAUGAGCCCAGAAUUAGCAUUUCUUUGAGAUGUGCCAACUAGAAUAGCUAAGGCAUACGUCCCCUAUGGGUGACUAGAAUCUCAUUUCUCAUCACAAUAUCGCCCCUGAAUCAAACAUUAAGGUUACGAGAAUAACAAGAAAUCAUCAUUACCUGAAGAGGCUCGUGAUUGUUAAACAAAUUUUCCUUGUCAGUACCUUAAGAAAUGACGUACAGAGAACAUUAUGGAGAAUGAGGAUGUAAACGGUUUACUCUCUAUGAAAUGAUUUCAUUUUGCUUAGACCGGCAUCUAAGAAAAUGAACAUAAAACUUUCUAAAGAAUAAUGAAGGAGACAAGAUAUAAACGUAGUUUGAUUUUCACUUGUUUGAUUACCUCAAAGUUUGGUGACUUCGUUUUAUGAUUCAGCUUUUUUUAAACAGAGAAUAAACGCUGAUAAUACCAGCUGUCAGUUUCUUGCGAUAUUGAGAUGAAUAGUCUGAUGUCUGACCACCAGGUAUAAAAGCGAGGGUAAAUGAGAAGAGUCAAUGAGAACUCAAAGUAAAACGAGCAAACUGUUUAAGCGCGGGAAGUUGACACCAGUGGCCAGUUGUGGGCGGUGGGUCUUCGUUUUGCAGAUCUGAUUGGUUGCAAGACUGACGCGAUUUUUCUGGACCAGUCAGAGGAGAGUAAAACAAUACCAAUGCAAUCCCAGAUUACUUUUAAUAUUAAAGUGAAAACUACUCCAUUAAGAAAAUACAAUUAACUCAACUGCAUCCCAAAACAAAUUAUAACUUACAUUUCCCCUAAAAUUAAGUCUUAUUUAGUACUUCUUCCUUUCAUGGCACAAUCCUAUUGAUGAC